CAUUUUGUAGCAGUCAUAUAUUUUUCGGUAGAAGUUAUGGAUAAUUCAACAAUAUCUGGCGAUCGGACACCGAUUCAUCCUUCCGUGUAUAUCAUUUCCGCGUCAUUUAUCAUCUUGGUAUCUAUUACUGGUAUUGUAGGCAACGGUCUAACCAUUCUUUCUGUAUUCUUAUCGGCCAAAUUGAGAACCAAAACAAAUGUCUUUGUGGUCAACCUGGCAUUCGGAGAUUUGCUGGUUUGCUUGUGUAUUCCAGUGCAGGCCGUGACUCUCUUAUCACCCCGUGAGCCGCCCAUGUCAGAUAUUCUAAUACAACUGAUUGGAGUCGUGGGUAAGGUGUUAGUGUCCAACACAAUCUUCACCUUAGCUGUUAUUGCCUUUAUGAGGUGUGUUAAGAUUACAAAACCAUUGGGUCUCUUCGACGAUCUUUUCACUACACCAAGAAUUGCAACAAUCGUUGCCGGUUCUUGGGCCUUAUCAGCAAUGAUCACUACCAUGAUCUUCUUUUUAGGAGGAAGGCAUUUUCGUUAUGACUCUGAUGCAAGGCUGUUCAGUCCCAGCGCAAUCGCCGUAUCAAAGAUAGCUGCGGUUGCUUGCCAUAUUACUGAUGGAGCUUAUGUCGUUCUUUCUAUCUUGAUCAUAUUCAUCUCUUACAUCAAGAUUAUUGUUUAUUUAAGAGCAAAUACAAGACGAAUAGCCGCCCUCGUAGAUGUACCCCCAGCAGCACUUCGGAAUCAGCCCCCGAUAGCUCUUCAAGCAAGGAACCAGGGACAGGCUGCAAGACAAGAACGUCCCAAUCAGAUGGCAGAGAACAGAUUUCGGGCUCGUGAAGUCAAGGUCACAAAGAAUUUGGCUUUGGUUACUGCGGUGUUUCUUGUAUCUUUUCUACCUCUUCCCUUCGUACCAAACCGUUCUAACCCAUAUCUGCUUAUAUUUGAUUUUUGUUUGAUUUGGAGCAACUCUGCAAUAAACCCGCUCAUCUAUGCCUUCAGACAUGCAGAUUUUCGGAAGGUAUAUCGGUGCAUUUUAUCUAGGUCUUUCAAGGACAUUCCUUUUCCUUCUCGCCAAUUGCGAGCUAUGUUACCAGACCAAUAAUGCAAAUUACUGCUUACAUUCCUCGAAUCGUAUAUUAGUUCUGUAUUAUUUGGUACUUUUUCUUUUGAAUAAAAUAUUGGCGAAGGCUAGUGAAGUUCAAAUGAAUUCGAUUCAAUUUAUAUCUAUCACCUUUAUUAGAAAUCCCGUUAGAAAUAACCCCAACGAUUGUGAUAUUUACACACGGCGAUGGGGAGCGAGGGGGGGGGGUCGUAUGGGGAUGUAUCCUUCAAAAUUUUCGAAACCUGCCUGUGAGAGAGAGUCGUCUCGUCACCAUGAGGGAUUGAUUUAAAAUCUUACGACAUCGACGGGCAAGCAUAUUAUACAUGUUUUGUUCUCACGGGUUAUCCACUAGCUCUGCACUGUUAAACAUGUCAUUGAACAUGUUGAAGAUUACACAAAUAACAUUAUAAAAAAAAAACGUUUAGAAAAUUGUCAUAAUUGUAAUAAUACUAUUU